AUGUGGCGGAACACCGACGGCCGGUGGCGACUCGGCGGCCACAAGUCGCGCCGCCGGCUUGUGCUCUUCGUCGCCGCCACCUUCGCCUACCAGCAAGCGCUCUACUACGCCUUUCCAGCGCUCUGCGUCGUCUGGUUCUGCGCGUACCCGUUCUGGCUCGCCACGUACAUCCUUCGCUGCGGCCAUGGCCGGUCGUGGGCGACCUACCGCGCACGCCUGAACCACUACACGAGUCGUACGAUCGGCUUCUUGUGCCGCAUCGACGUGCACCUGCGCAACGUGUACGAGCGCAAGACGAUCAUCGAGACGGACCCAAAGCGGCCGACGACAGCGAGCGUUUGCCUUGUGCUGAGCCUUAUGGUCUACUUUUACGGCUGGAAGGCGUGGACGGUCAAGUACAUCUUGGAGCUCAUUUUCUUCCUCUUCACGCUCGGGUGGCACCAGAUCUACACGCCAGAGAGGACGACGACGACACCUAUCCACACGACGACCGACGGCAAGUACGACGUCAGCGUCGGAACGAUGGCCGCAGCGCUGGGCAUUUGGUUUGGAGCGUACGUCGUCAGUCUCUGGUUUACCAACAUUAUCAAUACCGUCACCACCGCGUGCACCGUCGCCGUCGUGCGUGACAAGCUCUCGGGUCAUGACGUUAUGUUGCCCGUGCAAGGCAGCUCCCUCCCGGCGCCCAAGCCUGACGAAGGCAGUGACGCACCGACCGUGUCUGGCAUUUCAAUCACGUCGAAGCACAAUGACUUGUUUUGUAUCCCAGUUCCGCUCGAGCCCUUUGUCCAAGGUCAUACUGGACUGGCUCUGAGCAUUGCACUACCACCCCCAGCGAUUCCGUCGCCGUCCACCGUUCCGUCACCACCGACGCUGCCAGCAAUAAUGCAGCCCGUGGCGCGACCACCGAGCCAAACCAGCGAUGGUCGACUGACCAACAUCAAUCAGCUCACGUCUCUCGAUGUAUCACCGCCUCAAGUGGCACAGUACUCUGCGCCAGCAUAUCGCGACGAGGACACGGACGAGCCGUCGAUUGUCGACAUUUACAAGCCAGCCGACGUCAAGCAAGGCGUUCACGGUCGACAGCAAGGUGCGAGCUACGACCCGUUCGACGCCCAAGACUUUGUGACCACCGAUCCGCCCGUCUCGCGUGAUUUCCCAGACCCAACGGCAUGGGUCUCGCCCACAGCCUACAGCACCACCGGCUUCUUUCAGGAGGUUGAGUACGGCUCGCUCUCACCGCAAGCCUCAGGGCCGUUCCUGCGCUCUCAAGUCGAACGUACGUUCACGUCCAUCGACAUCUCGCCACGCCCGUCGCUGCUGCAGCCAACCACACUGACCGACCGUGUGCACUUUACAGCGUAUGCGCCGUCGUGCGUGUCGCCAGCAUCGAGCUUCUCGCAUGCGAUCUGGGCCUUCCUCGUGCACCAGCGCGACGAGAUGCGCGAGGAAGCCAUGGCGGACGGCGUUGCGAAACAGCUCUCACGGGACCUCCUGCUGCAU